CGAUGCCCAGAUUUUAGUGGAACAAUGGUUGACCUAAGUGCUGGAGAAGAUUUCACUAUUGUGAAAACAGAACCUGAAGAUUCAUUUUAUCCAGAGCACUACACCGAGCUCCGAAAUCCAGAGUCUUCUCAGCAGAAUAAAGGGCAGAUAACUCCAGUAGAUUGGUCCAUAAGUAACUUCUCAACAGAUGAAAACCCCCCUCUAGAAGAAAUGUCUCCAAGACAGAUAAACAGAGCAGAUGAAAGGCGUAGGAGGGAUUCUGACAUGAUUUCAGAGGGUGGCCACAGUGGAGAAAUAUCCCCCAACGAUCCAAGGAGUGAAAAAAUGCACCCCCUUGUCUCAAAUGAGAGUUUAUACAGCCCUCCUCCUCCAGCUGGGUUUGGCCAAGGAGAUAUGGCUUUGCAUUUAUCCAUGUUUGCAGAUCAAGUGGCAAUGCAAAUGAAAGACAUGGGAACUCAGUUUAUCAAAUGUCCAAUAUGCCACAAAGAUUUCAGUACGAGAUAUGGACAAAAGCUCCACAUGGAAAGAUUUCAUCCUGACCCCAAGAAAAGCAAGUCAAAGGAAUUCCCCAAGUGUAAGAUCUGUGGGAAACAGAUGGCCAGCAAGUAUGCUCUGAAAAUUCAUGAAAUCAAGCAUACAGGACAGAGGGCAUUUAAGUGUGAGCUAUGUGGCAGUUCCUUCGGUUAUAAAAGUGUCCUGAAGAAGCAUAUGGAAGUCUGUAAUCUAAAAUGAUAAAAAUAAAAACCUUAAGGAGGAAUUGUAGAAUUCUUAGCAAGAUGAUGACCAGUCCUAGGAUGUCGUACCCUGGAGGAAGGAACCCAGAAAUCUCCACUCAGAAGUUCAUAGCUACAUACACUGACAAAAGGGGAGUUAAUCACAGACUUAUCUCCCAUGCCCCAAAGUGUCUGCAGUGUGCCCAUUGUAAAACCGAGAAUAACAAGUUUGCUUCUGGAGAAAUAAGGAGGUCUUAUUACAAGUGUUCCCUUUGUGAUGUUCCGUUGUGUAGAACACAAGUGUUGGACUGUUUCUUUAAAUUCCACCAGAAAUAUGUACCAUAGUGUCCCAGUUACUGAUGAAGAAUCCAAGUGUGUAAUGUUUUUUGCAUGUACUUUUGAUUUGUUUUGUAUACAGUAUUACAGUAUUAAUGCAAUCUGCAUGGUAUGAUACAUGGUGUAUACUCCUCCAGUGCAUUGGUUGCAGGGACAAGGUACUUUCAAAUAGUUGUGCAAUAUAAUGGAAACACACUGAUUUGUUUUUGGUAUUGAUCAGUAAAUUGUGCAAUAGUACAUUUUUGCUUUACAUGAGAAA